GGCCGGAAUGUAUUUUAUGUGCACACAAGCUCCAGAGACGCCUGUGUGAAUGAAGCUUAAGCUUUCGCAAAUGUUUUAUUUUGGUUCUCCAGAGAUAAAGUAUUUUAUGUAUUAUUACAUGUCGUAGAUUUUUAAAAUUAAACCACAGUAUUUUAUUCAUCAGCGCCGGUGCCUUAAUUUGGUACACGUACGUGAUUAAUUACUCAGGAAGCACUUUCUUAAGGUUGUAUAUUGUGACAGUUUUAAUUUAUUAUGGCUUCAUUCGUCGGAGUUCAAUUUACAUUCUGUUUUCGGAUAAUUGUCAUAUUAUUUUUCUUACAUUUUUAUCGGACGUCUUUGUCGGCUCACGAAAUUGAGACCCAAGCAAGUCAUUUUUUUAGAAGUGGACAUACAAACAACUGGGCAGUACUGGUCUGCACAUCAAGGUUUUGGUUCAAUUAUCGACAUGUGGCCAAUACGCUUUCAGUUUAUAGGAGUGUCAAAAGACUUGGCAUUCCAGACAGCCAUAUUGUGUUGAUGUUGGCUGAUGAUAUGGCCUGCAACCACAGGAACCCUAAGCCAGCUACUGUAUUUAGCCAUAAAAAUAUGGAACUCAAUGUAUAUGGAGAUGAUGUUGAAGUGGACUACAGAGGAUAUGAGGUAACUGUUGAAAAUUUCCUCCGUGUAUUAACUGGCAGGCUACCAGCAAGCACUCCUCGAUCAAAACGUCUGUUAUCUGAUGACAGAAGCAACAUACUCAUUUAUAUGACAGGACAUGGAGGAAAUGGUUUUUUGAAGUUUCAAGAUUCCGAAGAAAUAACAAAUGUUGAGCUUGCUGAUGCCUUUGAGCAAAUGUGGCAGAAAAGAAGGUACAAUGAGCUUCUGUUCAUCAUUGAUACUUGCCAAGGAGCCUCAAUGUAUGAAAGGUUCUAUUCACCAAAUAUUAUGGCUUUGGCCAGCAGCCAAGUUGGGGAAGACUCUCUUUCACACCAACCUGAUCUUGCAAUUGGAGUACAUCUUAUGGAUAGAUACACCUUCUAUCUUUUGGAAUUUCUAGAGGAUAUUCAUCCAGCUAGUCAAAGCAACAUGAAUGACCUAUUUAAAGUCUGCCCAAAGAGUCAGUGUGUGUCUACUCCAGGACACAGAACAGACCUCUUUCAGAGAAAUCCUAACAGUGUUCUGAUCACAGAUUUCUUUGGAAGUGUCAGAAAAGUUGAAAUUACUAUGAGUACUAUGAAGCUAAAUCCAAACAAUACAGAGAGGACUGAAAUAGAUGUCAAUGAAGAAAUGGUAACAACAUUGCAACACUAUGUUGACCAGCUGCCAGUCGCAGAAAUAAUUCAUCAGAAGCCAAAGCAGAAAGACUGGCAUCCUCCAGAUGGAUUCAUCCUCGGCUUAUGGACAUUAAUAAUUCUUAUAUUCUUUCAAACUUAUGGGAUCAAGCACCUAAAACAUGUAUUUUAAGAUGUACGGUAUGCAUCUAGUGUUGUGCAACAUGAAUUGAUUUGUUCAGAAUUUGGAAGUCACUUUUUAACAAAAAGUUGUUAGAAUGUUUUUUUAUCCAUAUUGUUUAAUAUUGUUUAAUAUUACACAAUUUUUAAUAUUUAAAAGACAACACU